AUGGCAAUCACCACCAUUACCAUUACUAGUACCACCAUGUCUUCUCCCUGUUCAUCUGAUUCAAUGAUGGAAGAUAACAUCCAACGUGCAGAGAAAAUCAUCCACAAGUGGAAAAUCGAUAGCGAUUCUCACUCCACAUUCGUCUCCAUCUUUCAUAAAAACAAUACUACUGAAGCCACACUUUUCCUCUAUUCCGUCUCAACUCUGCAAAGAGCCAUGCAUUUCCUCUCAUCAAACGAUAAAAAAUCAUCCAACCUCUCUAUCGCUCAGCGGUCGAUGCAAAUCGCAAUGAAACGGCUAGAGAAAGAGUUUCAUCAACUCUUACUCGAUUAUAUUCAUCAUCGUCAACACUUAAUAUCAAUAUCAAAUCUCCGAUUAAUUGCUGAAACGAUGAUUCAUUGCGGUUACGCAAAGGAAUGCAUCUCAAUCUACAAAAUCACUCGAAAAUCAACAAUCGAUGAAGCUCUAUCUCAUCUCGGAAUCCAGCAAUACAAACAUUCUCACAUCAAAAAGAUGAUAACCGCUCCAGAUCUUCAAAAUCACGUCAAAAUCUGGUUAAACGCCUUUCAAAUCGCAAUAAAAACAGUCUUCCGCGAGGAAAAGUUCCUUUGUGAUCACGUCUUCAGUUCAUAUCCAGCAAUCAGAAACUUAUGCUUCACGAAUUCAACGAAAGAAGGAGCCUUAAACUUGUUCACGUUUCCAGAUCUCAUCGUAGCUAUUUGCAAACGACUGAAAUCAGAUAUGUUAUUCGUAAAAAUGGAUCUACACAAUUCAAUCUCGGAUCAAUGGCCAGAAAUUGACUCACUCUUCUCACACGAAUCAAUCUCGUCAGUGAAACUUCAAGCUGAGUCAUGUCUCCACAAACUCGGUGACUCAGUAAGAACGUUUCUCACCGAGUUGGAUGAACAGAUGAGAGGUAAGAUGAAGAAGUCGAUUGCGAAUAAUUUGGUUCCGGAGUAUGAGGAGUUAUAUGUGAAGCAUUUGGUGAUGUUGAGUGAAGAUGAGAGGUGUGUGAAGAUGUUGAUGAGGCUUUCGCCGGAAAAAACUGCGAAAUACUAG